CUUGCGGGUCCACACCGUUCUUCUCUGAUUUCGCUGCUCCGAUUUCGAGGUUCGAAACCCUAAAAAAAUUUCGUCGGAGAAGGAGAGAUGGAGAGCUCGUCGCCAUCGGUACCCUUCCCGCUGCUCCAGACCCCGAUUGAAUCCAAGUACAGGGCCUGCACCAUCCCCUACCGCUUUCCCGAGGACAAUCCCCGGAAGGCCACUCCUAUCGAGAUCCAGUGGAUCGAUCUCUUCCUCAACUCCGUCCCUUCCUUCAGGCAAAGAGCUGAAACUGAUUCUUCAGUUGUGGAUGCACCUGAGAAAGCAGAGAAGUUUGCUCAAAGGUACACUGCAAUUCUUGAAGAUAUGAAGAAAAAUCCUGAGAGCCAUGGUGGACCACCGGAUUGUAUCCUCUUAUGUAGACUUCGUGAACAAAUUCUAAGAGAAUUAGGAUUUAAAGACAUAUUCAAGAAGGUUAAAGAUGAGGAGAAUGCAAAAGCUAUAUCUCUCUUUGAAAGUGUAGUCAAGCUUAAUGAUGCUAUUGAAGAUGAUAGCAAGAGGGUAGAAAACUUGGUCAGGGGAAUAUUGGCUGGAAACAUUUUUGAUUUGGGAUCUGCUCAGCUUGCAGAAGUUUUUGCAAGGGAUGGCAUGUCCUUUUUGGCCAGUUGUCAGAAUCUUGUAUCACGACCUUGGGUCAUUGAUGACUUGGAUGCUUUCAAAGUAAAGUGGAGUAAGAAGUCCUGGAAGAAGGCAGUUAUCUUUGUUGAUAAUUCGGGUGCGGAUAUCAUAUUGGGAAUUUUGCCAUUUGCAAGAGAGCUACUUCGGCGGGGCACACAGGUUAUUCUUGCUGCAAAUGACUUCCCUUCUAUCAAUGAUGUAACAUAUCCUGAACUGAUUGAGAUUAUUGCAAAGCUUAAGGAUGAGAAUGGGCAGCUUGUUGGUGUUGAUGUAUCCGGACUUCUGAUUGCCAAUUCGGGCAAUGAUUUGCCGGUUAUUGAUCUCUCAAGCGUGUCACCUGAGCUAGCAUACCUGGCUAGUGAUGCAGAUCUCGUGAUGUUAGAGGGAAUGGGAAGGGCUAUAGAGACAAACCUUUAUGCUCAGUUGAAAUGCGAUUCAAUGAAGAUUGGAAUGGUCAAGCAUCCAGAAGUUGCUCAGUUCUUGGGAGGAAGGCUAUAUGAUUGUGUUUUCAAGUACAAUGAGGUCUUGAACUAUUGAAAUAACUUAUUGAGCUCAUAUUUAGGCACAUCUUUUACAAGUUCUGAUACCCAUCUUCCAAGGGAACUGAAAGAAGAGGUGAAGAAAAGCUUGCACAAGAGAUAUGGAGAAUUUCACCAAUAUUUUCUUAUUCUAUUUAACAGGCAAGGACCUUUUCAUGCAUUAAUGCACAAAUAAAGACCAACAUUAUAUGAUUAUGGGGGAUUCGGCAUGACAGGGCAUGUGUGCAUUUUUGAGCAUGUGCUUGUUCAUCCUCAUGCCAUUUCGACUUUUAUUGGCGUGCUUAUAGGUAAUGUUUGUUGAUGUUCUAAUUGAAGGCCAUGCCUACAUACUUUGAUCAUUGCAUUACUGGCCUGUGUUUAAUUCUUCUA